ACAGCAAUAUGUAAAGAUGUCAAAAUCGAACCGUCAACCAAAGUAUGUGUCACCUGCAACUUUUAUAAUUCACAUUCCAAAAACUAAGCACAAUCCAAGCAUUAUCAUAAUCUGGAAGUCAGCGUUUUAAUUUCCUGAAUAUACAUGCAAUGUUUGAAGUUAGUGUCAACUAAACGUAGCAAUUUCAAAUGUCUCACACAGGGCUCUGUAUGCCGGGGCGAAAUAUUAGUAUACUCUUAAAUUUAAUUUAUUUUGAAAAUUUUAUUUUGUGACAUUGGAUUCUCGUCGUCGUAUUGCUUUGUUCCUGUAUAUCUUUCAUUUUAAAAUCUCAUUGCAAGAUUCACAGAAUCCGGCGGACAGCCUAUCCUGCGGUUCUUCCUUCUCACAUGAAAAAUGUUUGUCGGUUAAUUCAGUUCAAUUAUCGAAAUGCAAGAGCUUAUAUCUCACAAACUGUAAAAAAUAUCGAAAAACAAACGAAUUCGUGAUCAGCAGGUUCAACUCCUUUAGAUUAGUCAAUAAAAUGCAAGGGCAAAAUUUGGCUGGAGAGGCCCUUUAAGUAGCAUAAGUGAAAUACAUUAUUUUGUAAAAUAUUGCUGCUUUUACACUUAUUUAUCAGGGAUGCCCCCCUCCAAACAGAAAGUUUCUCGGUCUUUGCUUCUAUCUCGUCCUUACUCUAAUCAAGGUCUCCGAAUGUUCGAAAUAGUUGGCGACAAGACGUAUCACGGUUUCACGGUUCACGUCCGAAGUCAGCCAGCAAAACAAAACAUUUCAAAUCAGCUAGAUUUCUAUAUCGUCGAUUAUUUUUCAAUUGUCUGUUAUUUUGAACUUUGUUUCACGUUGUUUCACUUGCGGCCAAAAUUCAACUAACUUCUGCUUGCUUAGACCACAAUUCUUUUAACUUACACAAUGUUUUGAAUGAAAUAAAGCAUAAUCCUGGUAACUGAAGUUGCCGUUGUACUUCGGUAAACUCAUUGUUAGCAACUUCAAUAAAACCAGUUAGGCAAGAGUGUGAAUCGCAAGCAUGGAAUAUUUUUUGAGGAAUUUGCAACACACAUGGUGUUAGAAAAGGGACAGAUAUCAUGGACUACAAUGCAGAAGAUGGCGACAAAGGAAUUCUCUUUGAUGCUAGCAAGGAAAAUGACUAUGGAUCCACGGAUGCUGCAAAUUCUUUUAAUGGAAGUUUAUCUUCAGGUGAGUACACGUUCGAAGAAGCAGUAGAGCAUUUUGGAUUCGGGAAAUUCCAGAUUCGACUUGGGAUUAGCGUUGGCCUAACUUUGGUUGCAGAUGCAGCACAGCUUCUGGCACCCGCUGUUCUUGGGUCUGUCCUCGAGUGCUCCUCGUGGCAUUUAUCAAAAGUAGAGGUUGCCUGGCUGACAACAAUUGUAUUUCUCGGUAUGAUAGCAUUUUCGUCAGCAGUCGGAUGGAUUAUUGACAAGUUUGGUCGAAAGAAAGGGAUACUUGUAACGCUUACUGCUGGAGCAGUCUUUGCAGCAUUGGGUGCAGUGGCUCCGAGUUACCCAUACCUUCUUGCAUCACGAUUUUUUGUCGGUGCUGCUCUUGCUGGUAGUUUACAAGUCUUCGGGUACAUUGAAGAGUUUCUUCCAGUUGGUCAUAGACGCAGGGCCAUGUUGACUCAACUUUUCUGGCCUCUGGGCGGUUUGUGGGCUUCUGGCUUCGGCCUUCUGAUGAUUCAUUACUUAAAACUUUCCUGGCAAUGGUACCUAGUUGUUCUCUCCGUUCCGUUAUUUCUCACCGUGCUUUUCGUCGUCCUUCUUCCUGAAUCCGCCCGUUUCCUUGGAGCUCUAGGCAAAUUCGAUAAAGUGCAUAAGAUUUUGACCAAAAUUGGCAAAGAGAAUGGCACUGGUCUACCUCGAGGAAAUUUGUCAACAGUAAGUUUAUGUUCGUAUUCUGAAAGCGACAAACCAGCUCCAAAGGCGGCAUUCGCUGAAUUAUUUUCGGGCCAAAAUCUGAAAACGACAUUGUUCUUAGCUAUUCUCUGGUUUGCCUCUGGCUUCUGCUACUAUGGAAUGGUACUUCUUGUCACAACAUUCGACUCUAAAGAUAAAACAAGCAAAUCAAACUGCAUACCCUUGGAACUUGGAGACUACUAUGAUCUGAUAUGGACAGGGUUUGCUGAGAUUCCUGGGACAAUCAUUGUCUUCUACGCUUUAGAGAAGUUUGGGAGAAAGAAAAGCUUGAUAGUGCAGUUUAUUAUAGCUGGUGCCUCGUUUAUCCCAUUCUACUUCAGAAUGCCGUAUGGUGUGUACUUGGCCAGUCUGCUGAUCGGCAGGGCAACAGCACAAGGUAUUAUCUCUGCGCUUGUCAUCUACACCCCAGAGGUCUACCCAACGUUUCUUCGGGGCAAAGGCAUUGGUCUCGCAAAUAUGUUCUUUAGAACUGGUGGUAUGGCAACCCCGUUCUUUUCGCAAGUAACUGUGCAUAACUAUUUUGACCUGACCAUUAGUUUCUACGCUGGCUUUUGCUUUUUAGCCGCCAUUUGUGCCUUUCUAUUACCAAAAGAAACUCAAGGUUUAGAGCUAGAAGACUGAUUUUUCUAUCACGAAUUGAAGUCAUUUGUUAAAAUUUACAGAUUUGUUAUUAGAAUCGUGUAUAUGUUUGUGAUUGUUCAAUUUUUCAGAAUUCUGCAUAUAGAAUAGAGCUUUCUUGGGUAACUGGUACAAUAUCAGCUUAUAUGGUAUCUAGGCAUAAAUAUAAACUUUUAUUGAUAAUUAUUUAUUCUUUGCAAAGCAAAUAGAAUUAGAUUGAUAACCUUGUUACUCGUUUGCAGUAUCUAAUUACUUUAAAAUUUGCUAUUUGCUUUAUAACUGUAAUUCGUUAUAUAAAGAAUUAUAUUUUAAUGGAGCAAAUACCACCAAAUACGAAGGAUUUGAAUGUCCCUCCUUUAGCAACUCUUUAAAACACUGAUAAGACCUUAUAUUUUUUUACAUUUAUAUUUUGAUAUGCGAUAAACGUUUUAAUUACCCUUUUCUGCCGAAUCCGAAUAGGUAACAUGUUUUCCUGGAUGUCAUAUUGGCAGGAGAAUGUUCCUUGACCCUAGGCGACCGGUGAUACGUUAAUACCGCCAAAAACUCCUCGACAUGUAUGACUUGACUUUCAUUUGAUUGUCCUAUCUGGAUUCGCUAAUUCGGCCGUUUUGUUCCAGGUGCACUGUGUUCCAGGCCUCGUGAUCAAAUCGUUUCUGGUCUUAUUUUUGCCUGGUGUCUAGCAUCUUACCCAAAAUUAUUAUAAUAGUUCAAUAACAUGAGUAGGUUUUGAAUCCGUAUUAUCAUCGUUAUACCUUGCUUACUCCAAUAAUUAGAAAUGAUAAUAAAGAAUCAAUCAUUUUUAGUCAGCAAGCUUCAUAGUGUUGAUUUUGUCUUAGGCCUAGAGGUCGAAUAAUUUCAUGUUAUCACUGUAGUUUUUUAUAAAGAUAUAUCUUUCUUCGUUUAAACAUGGCUCUUUUGCUCAUUGGCCCUGUAUAAUAAACACAUAGGGGAUCCAUAGACAGGUUAAUUAGACGCUCAUAGAGCAUCGUUUAUAACUUCGCUUGUUAGCAACUAAAUUCUAGAUCAUUUUCUUUCUAAAUUGACAUUCUAUGACGUAAUUGUUUAUAAUGAGGUGCUGCAUAUGCAUCUCGGCUCAGCUUUGCAACGAUUUUUCAAAGAACACCCUGCCUGUCGUUUAGGCCCCUUUCAAACGUUACUGAGCUUCGUACUUGUCGUUUUGGCCCCAUACAAACGUUGUCGUUAUUAAGAAAGUUUUCACUGGAGAACAGCAUGGUUAAACGUUUAUUCAUAGAGGAGGUAGUUUGCAUCAAGGAUGGCUGGCUAUCGUGUGAAAGAAUCGCAAAUUAGGACUAAUUCUUUGAUUUGUAACUGUCAGCAUCUUCAUAGGCGUAGCGUAUAGGGCGAGUUUAGAAAGAGAUUGUAUGGGAAUAUUUUUUUGCUUGAAUUCUUAAAUCUUUCCCGAACUCUUGUAGUGUAAAUAUUUCUAUCAUAUUAAAGCUAUCAAAACUAAUGAAAUCGAAUGAUUCAAAAUUUUUGACAAAAUAAGUUCAAAUUGUUCACACUGUCGUCCAAAAAAUUUCUUAGAAAGUUCUUCCAAUUUUAACCGGUUUUAGGUUGUUGUAAAACAGUCAAUGAAGCUGUUAACUAGGGCGGCCCAUAUUAGCAGUGAAACAAUCAACUCCAGCUGCAGGACUUAUUGGAAUUAAGAAAUUUCCCUUCAACAGUGAAAAAGGAAAUGCUAAGAAAAUCUUGUAUGGAGUUCGUAUAAAAACUGCCUAUAUACUAUACAGGAGAGAAGAGGAUGAAAAUAAUUUUUUUGUUUUACGUCCUAAUUUUCACAAUAAAAUCCCUUUUCUUGUCUUUCUUUCGAUUAUAAGGAGACGUACUGCAUAUGAUUAUGGGUAAAUGAUAAUUCUUCAAACUUAUACUGCCUUUCGGUCUUUAA